AUACGAACAGUCGGCUUAAGGCUCUUAAGCUUAGCAGCAACCGUAUCGAUUCCUUGUAGGGUUUUGUUCGUUUCCUCAUUUCGUUCCCUUACUCAACCCAUUUGUGUAGUUCACUUCGUUCGCCUUUCUCUACACCGUGUGUUACUUCGUGUGUGAAUGACAGGAAGAAGAAACAACUGUGACAAUGGCAUUAUCUAUGGCAGUCUUGAUGGAAAUCUUCGUCCUUUUACCGGCUAUUUUAGAAGCAGGACAUAAUCUCGAGCGCUAUCCACCCAAAUGGUUCCAUUAUGAUUCUGUCAAUGGUAAACGUCUAAAAAGUCCCAGAGCAACCAUCAUGGAAUCAUAUUACGAUCCUAGCAAUGUGGAAAACGAAAAAGUGAUGUCGCCUUUUCGACAGCGAGCUGCGGGCGAAAGUCGUAAGCGCGAAGAAUCCGCGGAAAGCAAUAUUAUAUUUCCGGACUCAAGUAUCUUCCAAGCGCGUAACAAUGCAGAAGCCUUGAUACCGAUUUGUAACGGGAAAAAUUUCUGUGAAAACGUGCCGAAUUAUCCUACGGACCUGGUAAACCAUAUACUCAGCAGCAAUCCCAGCCUGAUGAAUUUAGCAACCGAAGACGCCGUGGAGAUUAUCUCGCAUCGGAUAGACUCGGGCGACAGCGAGCUUUGUAAUUUUUCGGUAGGAUUGAUAAAUCCGAGAUCGGCGAAAAACAUCAAUGACGAUUGGUUGUUUAUCGUACAAUCACCGGAGUCGAAUUUCACUCAAGCUAUACGGGUCGAAAUUUGCGAAGACGAGAAACCUUGCCUAAAAGUCAACGGUUUCGCCUUGGGAUUUCAGACAAAGUGCCGGCAGAAAUAUAUUUAUCGUCAAUUGACGGCCCUCUCCCACGAAAGCAACCUCAUACGCGACUUGUUCCCGAUCCCCGCGAGUUGUUGCUGCCACGCCAUUGAGGACCCAACGUAUCAAUCCAGGAGAGUCAGGACUAUCGGUGAAAAAAACAGAGCGUAAUUCUCGAAUUACACUCGAAAAACAUACGGGGAUAUCUAAGAGAUUUAAGAAAAAAAUAUUUAGAAUUUAAACAUCAAGUUCCAUUCCCAAUAAUGAGAAUAAUUCUUUGGCCACGGAGUUUUUCGCGACGCAAGGUCAAACAAGUAUACGCCGCAAGUAUACGCCGUUCGUACUAA